UGUCCUGCAGUUCACUGAAUACUGAGCACACACACACACACACUUUGAGUUACAGCUCACACACUCUCAGACGAUAUAUUCUCUACAGAAAUGUUCAGUGUCGCCUCCAUCAGAGUCAGUCGAUGAUAUCUGAUUAUUGACAUUUUGAUGGAUUAUUCUCUGGACUGUUUAUAAAUCUGCUCAGAUUCCAUAUGGUUGUCUUUGAUUUAAGUGCCUCAACAUGAACAUUAUCUUGACGUCUCUGCAUGCUAACAGUCAGAAAUGGUUGCCCGGGCAGUGACCAUUUCUCAACAUGAGGAGCGAGAAGCCUCAUGCUGGUCACGUCCCUCUCCUCUGUGCUGGGACCCAGCAGAGGACCACCGCUGCAUCGCCACCACCUUCCAGUAUCUACAGACCUCAGGCUGGUACUGGGGUUCCCUCUCAGCGAGUGAUGCUCGGGAAGCUCUCCUGACAAAGUCUGAGGGAACGUUCCUGGUGCGGGACAGCAGCCACCCGCAGUAUGUGCUGGCACUGUCAGUGAAGACGCGCUGUGGACCUACUAGUGUGCGGAUAGAGUACAGCAGGGGCUGUUUCUGGCUGGACUCCAUCUCCCCUGGUCUGCCUCACCUGCAGUCCUUCCCGAACGUCCUCACCCUCAUACAGCACUACAAGACCUCGGGCCACACGCCACAGGACCCGGCAUCCAAUGACUUUACCCCCAAAGAGAAGCCUGACCCUGCCAGUGGAGUUCCCUUAAACCUGAUGCAACCUUUACACAAACCAGAGGCCUUCCCCUCUCUGCAGCACUUGGCACGCCUCACCAUCAACAGACACACAAACUGUUCGGAACUCCUGCCACUCCCCACGCCUCUGCUGCGCUACCUGCAGGACUACCCCUUUCACAUAUGAGGGUCUCCGUCACAGAGACUAGAACGCGGAUCAGGGUCACACUCCACGACCACACACUGUGACUCUGGGACAGUGUGACACCCCAGGGAACAGAGGCUGGUCCAGAGGGAGAACACUGUGAGCAUUUGACAUUCAAUUUGCAAAGAGGAAUGUUUUUUUACUGUUCAUGAACUGAGUGAACCCGACAGCUAAGCAAACUCUCCUGUAAUAUGUUCAAAAAGCUUUUAAACGUGUCUUACAUCCCAGUUGUUUUCCUGUUAUGGACAUCAUGAUACAACAGGUAUUCUGAUCAUGGUUUACACAAAAUGAGAGUUUGGAGCCGAGGGGUCCGGUCCCUGCUGUGUCACCUUAAUGAACCUCUUCCAUUCAAAAUGUAGAAGAAUGGAGAUAUCUGAGGCUACACUGAUUACCCGUGUUGUAUCUAAUGUUGCGUGUGGAUAAAUUAAGGUCAGGCUGACACUACUUGACAUGCGGUCAGAGACGACUGACACAGUCAUUGUAAAGGAUCAAAUAAAAAA